CGAGGAAAUGAAACCUCGGUCGCUCAACGCGAUUGGCGGACGUCACUAGCCUUACGAAUCAUAUCGCUAUUAAUAUGCUUCGUCCAGAGUUGAAAUAAACUGCUGGCGGCGAGGGAAAACAUAGCGAUCAGCGACACUCGGAGAACGAAGUAAAACAGCAAAUAUGUACGUGGUGGUUAUUUGCAUUAAAUUCCUGUUGCAAGCUUGCCUCCAUAAGGUGGGCGAAGUGUCACGAUGGGCGAUGAAGCUCAUAGCAUUAUGCAAAUUUGGGAUCGGUGAGAUGGGACGAGAAAAAAUGAAAAGGAGCAGCGAGAAGAGCGGAGAGCGUGCAAGCAUCCCUCUCAGUGUCAAUUACCACUUCACCCGUCAGUGCAACUACAAAUGCGGUUUCUGUUUUCACACCGCCAAAACAUCGUUUGUGCUGCCUCUGGAGGAAGCCAAAAGGGGACUGAAGUUGCUGAAAACAGCUGGUAUGGAAAAAGUAAACUUUUCAGGAGGAGAACCUUUUCUACACGAUGGUGGGGAGUUCCUAGGAAAGCUGGUGCAGUAUUGUAAACAGGAACUCAACCUGCCCAGUGUCAGCAUUGUUAGUAACGGGAGCCGUAUCACAGAGAGAUGGUUUAAAAACUAUGGUGAGGAUUUGGACAUUUUGGCUAUUUCAUGUGACAGUUUUGAUGAAGAAACCAAUCGACUUAUUGGUCGUGGGCAGGGGAAGAAAAAUCACAUUGAGAACCUCUACAAGAUCAGAAAGUGGUGCAAAGAUUACAAAGUGGCUUUCAAAAUCAAUUCUGUCAUUAACAGAUUCAAUAUUGAAGAAGAUAUGACAGAACAAGUCAGGAGUCUGGAUCCAAUCAGGUGGAAGGUAUUUCAGUGCUUAUUGAUUGAUGGAGAGAAUGCUGGAGAAGAUGCUUUAAGACAUGCAGAGACAUUUGUAAUCGACAAUGAAGACUUCCAGAGGUUCCUGGAUCGACAUAAGGAUGUCAAAUGCCUUGUCCCUGAAUCCAAUGAGAAGAUGCGAGAUUCCUACCUCAUCCUUGAUGAAUAUAUGCGCUUCCUAGAUUGCACACAAGGUAGAAAAGAUCCAUCCAAAUCCAUCCUUGAUGUCGGUGUCGAGAAUGCUAUUAAAUUUAGUGGGUUUGAUGAAAAGAUGUUUUUUAAACGUGGAGGGAAGUACAAAUGGAGUAAAGCAGAUAUGCGGCUGGAAUGGUAACUGUUGGCUGCUCUUUCAGCCUUGCUCACAUGAACAGAACAGUAUUCACAGCUCAGCUGUAUUUUAUGCCUUUAAUAGUUAAACUUUUGUGUACAUAAAAUCUCCAAGCAGAUUUUCAGUAAUGUAAGUGAAGAGCUGAAUGUAUGAAAAUGGAGCAAAACCAAAAACUGCAAGAUGAACUCUAAAUUUUCAGAUUGAAUUUUGUAUACAGUACAGCAGACAAAUUUACUGGAAAAUAAUACAGAUUUUUAUUCAGAACAGAAAGUUAUAAAUUUCUUUAGGCUGGUUAGCUUCUGAGAGGCUCCAGUACUGAUUUUAUAGGUUGCCUUGCUCCUUUCCCCUCUCAGACCAGGCAAGGUAUGGUCCCAACAGCAGGUCAAAUUCAGACCUGGAAGCAAGUCCACCUGCUUCUUACCUUCAGGAUUGGCUUACUCAUCAUAACUAUCACACCCAACGUAUUUCUUUCUCUGUAAUGGUGGUUGAAACCUGAUUCUGUGUGUGGAUGAUUGAUCCCUCCUUUUGUCUGAACGGUCCACCACAUCCUUCACAUUUCUUUGCAGUAGGCCAUUAAAACGAGUAAGGUUUAAUGUGUGAGAGAGAGAGAGUGAGGAAGUGAGAGUUUAGUACUCAAUACUGAUAGCUCAGGCCAAAAUGUUGCAGUAGAGGUUUAUAUGUGUACUACACAACUUCUGUAAAAUUGCAAUUUGAACAAGGUAUUAAGCAUAAGAUUGUUAUGAAACUUUGAUAUGUAUUGCAAUAUUUCCUGCAAUGCUUUUAGGUUGCAAGAUUUUAAAUUGUUUAUAUUACAAAGUAAUUUAAAAUCCAUGCUCUGACCUUUACUUCUCACCAUCAUUGAACCACAAGAAUAUAUUCAUUACUACAGAUACUAUUCAAAGAACAUUUAUUUUUUAAAUGUUUUCUAUUACUAUUGUACUUAAAAUAUGUAUAGAUCAACAUGGACAUGUCAUGAUAUGCACCAGCUACUAAAUUGAAGGAUGAAUUUCUGUGUUAAUCACAUUAGUUUUCACACUGAUAUUGUUUCAUUGCUAUUGUUAUUGUAAUCUGUUCAUUGACAAUAUGGUGCUUGGUUAUAAUCCACAUUUCAUUUCGUUGCGAUAUAAAUAAAAAAAAAACCUUUUGGUCCCCUCACUUACAUAUUUAUCUUUCUGCUAUAAUUUUGCUCCCUUUCCCAAUUACUUUUGUACUUUAGUCCUGUACUUCUCUCUAAUUUUUGUAAAAAAAACCUUUCCUUUCUCCUGCUCUAACCAACCCUUUCCAUUACUUAGCAUUUGAUAAACAUAUUCCUUUAUGUAUUUCUGUAUCGUGUCCCGCAUAUCUUAUUCUCUGUUACCCAUUUCAUCACUGUAACAAGAACAUCCCAAUCUAAAUGAUCCUUCACACAAACAAACUUUGAGGAUAUGUGCAAUUAAACCACAAUAAUAGAGGUUAUUCUCAUAGAUCAGAAACAUUUCAAUUUCAAAAGAAUGUUAAGUUGAUGUAUUUUAGUGUUUCAUCGUAAAAUGCAUCCACAUAUCUCAAACAAUCUCUGUAAAUCACUGACAUUCCAUAUCCUAUGCUAUAUAGAUUGUAUAAUUGUCUAAUUCUUAACAGGAACCGUUCUUAACAGAAACAAAAAAAUAUUUCGUGCUUUAGAUGGAAUUUACACAAACUUGUAAACUAGCUUUCACACAAUAAGGUUGAUAAAGUACUUCGUAUGAAUAAUGUCAUACAGGACAUAAUAGAAUGUGAUUUUAAGGAACAUCUUAAAUGUAAGAACCAUAAUGACAGAUCUUCAGAGUUUGCACCCUGAAGGUAUGACUGUCUAUUGAGGAAUGACAGAAGCCAGCUGUGUGCAGAAAGCCAGAGGUGGAAGAGCACUAGGAUCCCUGGAGGGUUGUAGGUCCAGAGAAGAUGACAGAGAUAAGGAAAAGAGCACAGUCAAAAGUCUGAAAAUUGCUGUACUGGAUGCCAAAGUGCAUCAUGAAUAUAGUGGUGAUAACUGAACAGAAUUUGGUGCGAGUUAGAAUAUUAAUAUUGCUUGUAACUAUUGUAAAGUAUACCUUUUGCUUUGUU